UAAUAACUUUAGUCGUUUCAAUUUUUACGAUGAAUUUAACUGAACGAGAAACUAAAAUAGCUGCUGCAAAACUAAAGCUUGAAGAAUAUAAAUUACGAAAAGACGGACACAUCUUAAAAGAAAAUAAUGGAUAUAUGAAUAGAAAUCUCCCUAUAUUUAUGGGGACUGCAGAAAUAAUUACAAGUUCUAAUGUCGAGCAUAAUGAUGGAUAUACAUAUAACUAUAUAAGCAAUUUAAAUAAUAAAAUCUUAGUGAAUCAUCCACUGGAAGAAAGGAGAGGAUCUUUCAAUAAACAGAAUUCAAUAGUUAAUAGUAUGAGUUCAGAAGAUAUAUCAAAUUUUUCCAAUGAUCAGAUAUAUAUUCACCCUAAUUUUGCAUCAAAAUAUUAUGAGGAUAACCAAAAAUAUUACAAUGAUCUUAACUCUACAAUGCAUAAUAGCAUUCCCCAAAAUACAUUUGCAGAAAAUCAGAAUCAUUUUUAUAGCCAGGAAAACAAGAUUAUCAACAAUAGAGAUAAAGAUGUGAUAAUUGAAAUAAAAGAUUCUUCUAAAAUGACAAAUACUUCACAGAUGACUCCAGUUUUGAAUGAAAAUAAUAAAAUUUUGCCAAACAAAGAUCAAGAAUUUACUCAUAGAUUAAAGAAUUAUAAGGAAAAUUUGGAAGCAGCUCUCAAUCUAACUCAUAAAUUUGUUGCUAGCCUCUUGGGUUCUCCAGCUGAUUCAACCGAGGUAGUAGAGAGAACGCAUGCCGCUUACGCAUCCGAACUCCGGGACACCCUGAAGGAUUUAAAUUUAUACCUACCCAACGCACCCGAAAAAGUUCUCGAAGCUUCCCCGACGGAGUUUCAGAUUAAAUUUGACUUAACCUUAAAAGAAAUCGAACAGAAAAAUUUGCUGAUCGAGGAACUGGAGAGAAUCGAACGCGAAAGAAUCAAACAGACCAAAAAUUUAACCCAAAAUAACGCCUCGCUUUCUUUGCUAUUAGACCAAAAAGUAUGGAGGACGAAUACAA